ACCGUAUUAUAGGAGAGAGUGUAAACUUACCUGGAUACAGCGACACACAAGCUGACCUUCAUUGCACAUAAAAGGCAGCAGAAGGUAGAGCCCGAAACCAGUUGCACUUCUCUGAGCACGCUACACAGUAUACGUAUAAUCUGUUUUCCUUCAUUAUAUGAAAUGAAUCAUUUGGAUUCAGGGGAUAUUUCUUAAACAUCUUCGGUUUUUUUUUCUAAUACCUGAAGGAAAAUAACUGGUCUCCCAGCAUCCCCAGAUCCACGACGAAAUCAAACACGCAAAUGGGAGCAGACCACUAAAUCAACAUUUUUCACGCCUGCUUGAGCAUCCGAAUCACGCCAGGGCACGAAGAAUCACGCCGUCCUUGAGGAGCAUUGCAAUAACAUGAAUGGGAUGCAUAAUCGUUUCCUACAGAGACGAUACAAUGAAACAAUCGCGUUGAGCUGUGGCAUGUAAUUAUUCUAGGACGGGGGCUGGCGCCGGGACACACAAGCCUUGUCUGAGGGGGGAGCGGAGCUGUUCAGCACCAUUCCGGGCGGACAGCUCACUCAGGCUCCGCAUCCCGGUAAUAAUUUCCGCUUUCCUCCUUUCUGCUCUGUGUCGGAUCCUCCAGGAGAGAUCAGGACCCUUUUCAGGAGAUACAAUUCCCGCAAUACAAAGAAAAGUUGCUGAAUCGACCACGGGACACUUACGGUUAAGUGUAUUUUCAGAGCUGCAGGAGAAAAUUUAAAUGCACCAUGUGCCGUUUUGUCAAAUGGGCUCCUAGUGUAGUAGCUACGGUACUGAAAAGGACACGGUAAGGGACACAGUAACAGAACCUACGAGGUCUAGAGAGAUCACUUCAGCUAUGUUUGGAAACUCGAGCAUUUGUGGAUUUUAGUGCGAAAUCCCGGGACCCAUUUCCAUGGCAACGGUUCACGUGGACUUGACCAUCACAAGCGGCAUGAACCACCUGCACGGAGGCCUGAGCUCUGGAACGACGGAGAAAGCUCGCCUGGAGCUGAGCGAGAACCCGGACACACUUCACCGGGACAUCCAGCAGGUCCGGGACAUGAUCGUCACCCGCCCCGACGUGGGUUUCCUGCGCACGGAUGACGCAUUCAUCCUCCGCUUCCUCAGAGCCCGCAAGUUCAACAAGAUCGAGACCUUCAAGCUUCUGGCCCAGUACUUUCAGUACCGCCAGCAGAACCUCCACUUGUUCCAGAGCUUCAGGGCCGAUGACCCAGGUAUCAAGCGAGCCCUGAUGGACGGCUUUCCAGGGGUGCUAGGGGCACCAGAUCAGAACGGCCAUAAAAUCCUCCUCCUUUUCGCUUCCAACUGGGACCAGAGUAGGAGCUCAUUCACAGACAUCUUGCGGGCCAUCUUCUUGUCCCUGGAAGUCCUGAUUGAGGACCCCGAGCUGCAAAUAAAUGGCUUCAUUCUCAUCAUCGACUGGAGCAACUUCACAUACAAGCAGGCAUCCAAGUUGACUCCGGCCAUCUUGAAACUUGCUGUGGAGGGACUGCAGGACAGUUUCCCUGCCCGCUUUGGUGGAAUCCACUUUGUCAACCAGCCGUGGUACGUCCACGCCCUGUACACUGUCAUCCGGCCCUUCAUCAAGGACAAGACCAGGAAACGGAUUUUUCUCCACGGCAACAACCUGAACAGUUUACACCAGCUGAUUUACCCAGAAUGCCUGCCGUCCGAAUUCGGGGGAACCCUACCGCCAUACGACAUGGGGACUUGGGCCCGAACGCUGCUGGGCCCAGAUUACGACGAUGAGAUGGAGUACACGCACACGUACCACGCGCCACAUGUGGGAGGCUCCCUCUGCACCUCCCCCGUGGACGAUUCUGAGAGCGUAGUGAGGAGGUCCCAGUCUGCUCUGGAACCCGAGAUGCUGAAACUCGGCAAGGGAGCCAUCACGCGGCCCUUGCUGGCUCUGGACUGAGCACACCUGAAGGAGGCCUCAUUACUCCGCUCGCAGUACAUGUAUCACUCCGCCCACAGUGGCAACAGCAGGCGGGGACCAACCGGACCUUUAUUCCUACACAUUCAGCAGCUGUCACCUUCCACUCCCAUUUACAGCCAUCCAAAAGGAUGUAACCCGUUUCGCUACAAACAGGGAAAUUUAUUCAGUGCAUCAAGGUUUAUAAUUAACCUAUUGCAUAUUUGUACUGUAUGUCUGUAUUAAGGACACUGUAUAUUCAAUAGUGCCAUCUCUGUUCCCAGAUCAAUACUUAGGGCUCAGUGUCCACAGAGGAAUGUCAUCAGAUUGAAUGUAAAAAUAAAUCAAAUACAGCCACAGAAUAUGGACAAGCAAUUAAAUGUAGCUGUUUUGGUGUUUAUACAGUAUGGGGAUGGACCCCUACAUGUUUCCAAAUCCAUAAAUAAUGUUUAUUGUUAA